AUGGCCGAGACGCCAAAAGCUACGCCCAAGCGGAAGCGAGGGCCCGAGACCAUACUCACGCCUAUCCCAUUCUCAUUUGACCUGUCACAGAGCACUUCGAGUGAUGAUGGCAGCAACAGCCCUAGAUCCAAUGUCGCACACAGAUUCCGAGGCCUAUUACUCGAGACCGCUGAAGGUGGGGGCGGGGUACCUGAAGGUGACGACGACCGUAGCGGCUAUUCAAGUAAACGACGGAAGCCAGAUGAGGCCAUAGUGGUUGAUGGACUCGGCGAAUCUGAUACCCAUGCUCCAGUCGCCAUCUCCGAAAGUGAGGUUGGCACAGGGGCAAGCUUCAAGCCGGCUGCACAGUUGCAUUGGGACGAUACCGUGAUAAGGGCCGACCCAGCUGAACCCACUUCCCAGCAGCCAAAACCCAGAAUCAGGAAAAAGAAAAGAGCAGGCACACCACCCCCGCGCCGACCCGGGAUGGCAGAUGAGGACGAGGACGAGAGAGAGAUUGUUGACCCAGUCCGUGCCGCGCUUACUUGGCAGGAGGACGAGAUCACCAUCUAUGAUCCCGAAGACAAAGACGACGACGGUACUGGCAUCAACGGUGUGGGCUUUAAACCCACUCCCGCCAUUGCUCAGGCAAGAGUUAUGAAGAGGCGCCAACAGAUUGCCGAUUACCGUAAACGAGAAGAAAGCGAUGCCAGGGCCAAAAGAAGCCAAAGGCGUCACGCUGCUAUCAAGAUUGUUUCUUCCUCCGAGCAAUCGCCCGCCCGACGAAAGGUCAAGUUUAUGGAAGGAGAAAGCCUCGCAUUCGUAACAAUGACUUCGUGA